UAUAUUAUAAGAACGUCUCUUUUUCUCUUUCUCUCUACACCGAACCGAAUCUACUGUUACUACUGUCGCGCAGCUCUGGUGCUCGAAUGUGGCUGGUGUAGAGCAGCGCAGGAUAGCAGCUGAAACGCAGCCACGAGAUCGCGGAAUCGUCGUGAGUCGGACAGGUCCGUAUGCCAGCCUGCCCGCUUCUUCUCUUUUUUAGACCGCUCCCCUCUCUUCUCACCGUCUUCCAGGCCCUACCUUUACGUUUCUCUCUCCUCUCUAUCUCUCUCUUUCUCACGUGCCACGAAUAUAUUCUCUCUUUUCCUCCUCUAGAAUUUCUAUCCUCCUUGAUCUUUCAUCUCUUUCCUUACCGUCUCUUUUCCCUUUCUCUCUCUCUCUUUCACUAGUCCCCUCUUUCUUUGUUAUAGCGCGGCGGGAGCGAAACUCGACCUUCUCUCUCCGGUGUCUAGCUUGUCUCUGUUGACGAUACUCUCGUUCGUUCUGCUCGUGGUUGCACUGCGUCGCAAAACACGUGACCGACAGACACCUCUUCCCAUUGGCGAUCCCCCCACCGCAGAAACUUUUGUCAUUGCUCGUCCGAAAAGCAUUGCACAUGAUCGCACAUUUCUACGUUGUGUGAGUGCGUGUCACCGCUGUUUACUCCGAACUGAAUGGCUGGUCGGUUUUGCAGAUUACAAUGGGAGAUGAUAUGUUAAUUCCUAAUUUAUCAUAAAACAUGGAUGAAUCGAGCGCGCCAAAGCGAAAAAGGUCAUCCGACCUGGCAAACAAAUUUAUGAAGGAUAGAAGAAAUACGGCUGAAUCCAUUAGCACAUUUCAUUUCAGCAAAAAGCGUGUUCGAAGGUUGAGCAAAUUCAAUGAUAUUAAAGAUGAUUGUAAAGGGAUUUUGUACUGGAUGUUUCGUGACAUUAGAGUACAAGAUAAUUGGGCUGUACUCUUUGCCCAAAGGACUGCUUUAAAAAAUAAUCUACCUCUUCACAUAUGUUUCUGUUUAAUGACAAACUUUUUGGAAGCUUCAAUGCGAUAUUACAAAUUUUUAUUACAAGGAUUAGAACAAGUUGAAGGAGAAUGUGAAACAUUAAAUAUAAAUUUCCAUCUUCUGCAUGGAGAGCCAAGUGAUAGUAUCGUUAAAUUUGUAGAAACAUAUAAGAUGGGUGCUGUAAUCGCAGAUUUCUGUCCAUUGAAAUUACCUAUGUCAUGGAUUGAUAAUGUACAAAAUAAAUUACCAGAAGAUAUACCAUUUUGUCAAGUAGAUGCACACAAUAUUGUGCCCUGUUGGGAAGCUUCCCAAAAGCAGGAGUUUGCAGCUAAAACAAUUAGGAAUAAAAUUAAUACGAAAUUGAAUGAAUUUUUAACGGAAUUUCCACCUGUUGUAAAACAUUUAUAUUUAACGGAUGAAAAAUUUGAAAAAAAUAAUUGGAAAAUUGCUUUGGAUGGUCUAGAAAUAGAGAGAACGGUAGAUGAAAUUGCAUGGGCAAAACCAGGAUAUGAAAAUGGUAUUAAAGAACUGGAAAGUUUUUUAGAAAAUCGUUUAGAAAAGUAUGCAGCUGAACGUAACGAUCCUUUGUCGAACGCUAUUAGUAAUUUAUCUCCUUGGUUUCAUUUUGGCAUGAUAUCCGUACAGCGCUGUAUUUUGGAAAUACAGAAAUAUAAAAAAUUGUAUCCAAAGUCAGUUGAAUGUUUUAUGGAAGAAGCUAUUAUUCGUCGGGAACUUAGCGAUAAUUUUUGUCUCUAUAACAAAAAUUACGAUGUUAUUGAAGGCGCUAAUGCAUGGGCAAUAGAAACGUUAAAUAAACAUCGGAAAGAUAAAAGGAAAUAUAUCUAUUCUUUACACGACUUGGAAAACUCUAAGACUCAUGAUGAUUUAUGGAAUGCUUGUCAAAAUCAAUUGGUAAGGACAGGAAAAAUGCAUGGAUUUUUGCGAAUGUAUUGGGCAAAGAAAAUAUUAGAAUGGACCAAAUCACCAGAAGAUGCUUUAGAAUGGGCUAAUCAUUUAAAUAAUAAAUAUAGUAUAGAUGGUUGUGACCCUAAUGGCUAUGUAGGAUGUGCAUGGUCCAUAUGUGGCAUUCAUGAUCAUGGUUGGCCAGAGAGAGAGAUAUUUGGCAAAAUAAGAUAUAUGAAUUAUGAAGGAUGCAAACGAAAAUUCAGGGUUAAAGAAUUUAUUUCUCUGUGGGGGAAAAAAGAAAACUGAUGCGAAUGUAUUCAAAUAAUUAAGAGACAAUUCAGAGUCAAACAUUCAGAAAUGUAUUUAUACUUAGUAGAAGAAUAGAUUAGACAGUAGAUGCGAGUUUGAUUCUAAAAUCUUAUUGAAGUUGUUCGCUCUGUUCGAAGAGAGAAGAAAUAUCUUUAUGCUAUCAAGAUAUGUUAGUUACGUUUUUUUUAAUAAUUUGGCAUCACUGGACAGCAAUGAAAGUGAAGCAGGAACUGCGUCUAACGAUGUCAACGAAAGCGCAGCAGCCUUUAAAGUAAAAGAAAGACAAUCGGUCUCGAUCAUAUUUUUAUGAAUUCCAUAAAUCAUUCCUGCCGUAAGACAAUCGCCACAGCCGCUUACGCUGAAUUUUUCAUUUGAAUCUUCGACAGUAUACGAUAAUGGCGGAUACAAACGUGAAGUAAUUGCAGUAUUCGCUACCAGUUUACCUUCUUUAUCGUAAAACGGAUCAUUUCCCAAAGCUUUACGAACGACCUGCAACAAACGAAAUUACACGUUAGACGAGCUGUUAGAAACUGUAGAUUAAGUUUCUUGCAUUCAAUGAUUUACCAAUACUCCUUGCGAUCCCAAUGUACUUAUAACUACUGGAACAAUUUCAGCUACGUGUUCCGCUAUUGCCUUUACUUCUUCUAAAUCCAUAGACGACUUUCCUUUGGGCACUGAUAUCCCCAGGCAUUUUGCAAUUGCUUUUAAUUCAUUUCUGUUUGGUGAUAUGACGUGAAGAACAUUUUGCCACUGUGAUUCUGUUUCAAAUAUUUUUGUUGCUUUCUUCACGUCUGUAGGCUCGUACCAAACUGCAAAAAAUGUUUUUAUAGCGUAAAGUAAUGUAUAUAAUUGUAAACGAAAUUUGUAACAAAUAUGUAACACAAAACGUUUUAAAUAAACCGUUCAAAAAAUU